CACCUGAUAAAAGCAGAAGGUCCGCUCAGCAGGCAGACGGAACGGAGUAUCUGAGAACGAAAGGGUGGCAACGUGAAAACUUGGUCAACAACUUCGACGCUCAAGUGCUUUUACAGGAGGUGAAAAAAACUUUGACUCAAAGAAUUAUUAACCAUGGGCGUUGAAGGGGCUAUGAAGUGUGUCAAGUUCUCACUUGUCUUUUUUAACUUCAUUUGCUGGUUAUGUGGCCUGGCAUUGGUUGUGGUGGGCAUCAUGGUGCAGGUGUCUCUACACAACACCUUAAAGAUUAAAGACGUUUCGAUGUCAGGAAUUCCCAUCGUAAUCAUUGCAGUUGGAGCGCUGAUUUUCUUCAUUGCCUUCUUUGGCUGCUGCGGAGCCUGGAAAGAACACUACUGCAUGGUCACCACGUUUGCUGUCCUCCUCACCCUGAUCAUCAUCAUUGAAAUUGCAGCUGCGAUUGCAGGAUUUGUCUUUAGGAACAAGAUCUCACCUAUCGUCAACGAAGGUCUCACUAAAAUGAUUGAAAAUUACAAAAACGGCACAGACGAUUUCAAAGCAACUGUGGAUCAAAUACAGGAGAACUUGAAGUGCUGCGGUGUGAACAGCUCUUCUGACUGGAGUUACCUGGACUCUGAUGGGAAUUCAGUUCCGGACUCAUGCUGCAUAAACAAGACUAAAGGAUGCGGGAAAGGGAGCAUGAAGAAUGCCGGCACGGUGUAUCAGAAGGGUUGCCAUGAUGUCAUUGAGAAUCUCUUGAAGACAAACAUUCAGUGGGUCAUCGUUGCAGCCAUCGUCAUUGCUUUGGUGCAGAUUUUGGGUGUUGUGUUCUCCUGCUUGCUGAUGAAAAGCAUCAGAAGUGGCUAUGAAGUCAUGUGAUCUACAGCUGAGGAGAUGAGCGCUUGGCCGCCGUGUGCUGGGAUCUCCACUUGAAAACAUAUUUUAAACCUUCUUUCAUUGUACACAGAAUAAUACAUUUCUCUUAAAGAAAUAGUGGGUUACAUUUCAUAGAUGAGCAAUAUCUCUGCUUUGAUAUUUUACAUUUCUUGUUCAAAAUGUCAGACAAAAUGAUGGUCUAACAAUAGUAUAUGUAUUUGGCUAAGAAGUCUAAACACCUCAUGCUUGUAAUGUUAAUUGGGAAUCUCUUUUUUGAGGUUUUUGUUGUUUGUUUUGCUGGGUUCCAUUUUUAUUACUGUUUAAAGGACAUUGAAUUUGUUUAAAAACCACUCAGACAUUUGGCAUGAAGAUGUUUAAUAAAAUCCUUAUUCUCUAAUGGUGUAGAACAAAGGAACAAAACAUUCAGCAUUUUUUUGUUGAGCAAAUAAAUUAUAAAAUAAAGAUGUAAAGAAAA